UGUUAAAUAGCAAUAUUGAAACUAUUCACAACAUCAAUUUCUUGUUGUUGUAUUUCUAUUCUUUAACAAAUUUAUAUGCAUAUUGUGCUGACCUAUUUGUUUAUUCUUAUUCAUCUUAUUAAUGUAACCAUCCACAGAUUCGCAUAAAAAACUUUUUUUAAUUAUAAAAAUAUUAAAGUGACCCAAAGUUGGUGGUUUCCGCGGUCGGACGCGCGCGCAAAUAUUCAAUAAUUUUCAGAAGUCGAACCAACGCCUUCGCGCUCUCGAUCAGACGGUGAAGCGUUUAAUACGAGGUUGUGUCAGUGAAAGUUGUGCUUCUCCGCGCGGUAUUCCGGAGUGUGUUUGUCUGCAUGAAGCGCUCCUGCAGUAGGCGCACUGAAGUCGAGCUGAGCGAUACGUCCUGUCAAUAACACACUCCACGAGCGGCACGAGUGUUCGUUUAAUCCCCGAUCUCACCCAGUUAUUGAUCGGCCGCGUUGAUUCGGAUUGUUGAAGCCGCGCGCCGGAGGGACACUUGGAGAGACUUUCUUCAUCUCGAGUGUGUGAUCGCGUUACCGGACACCUGCGCGUCCACGACCACUUCACCUGGAGGAAGAAUGAUCCUCUGAUCCACAGUCUCUUUUUAACGCAGAGUGGAUUUUUUGGGGCUCGAUCGUGCCGUUGGUUUAUGUGAUAUUUCUAAAAAUGCAUCAUCACCAUCAUCAUCACCAUCAUCAUCAUCAGAGAAUGGCCGCGUUAGGGACGGAUAAAGAACUGAGCGAUUUGCUGGAUUUCAGCGCGAUGCGAAACAGCGAUUUGAAAAUGUUCCCCACAUCAAUGAUGUUUUCCCCUCCUGUCAGCAGCGGGAAGAACAACGGACCGACGUCUCUAGGAAGUGGACAUUUCUCCGGCUCAAAUUUGGAAGAGAGAGCGAGUUCGUCUUGGGGAAAUGGAGUUCGUCCCACUAAAAAUUACGCUGACGGCUCUCAGUACGGCCACAUGCCCGGCCGGGACCUCGGGUCACAUGACAACAUCUCUCCACCGUACGUCAACUCCCGAUUAGCAGGGAAAACGGAGCGAGCGUCGUACUCUUACUCACGAGACUCCAGCGUUCACGGCUGUCAGUCGAGUCUCAUGGGAGGUGAAGUGGGAAUGGUCAGUCCCGAGACGGUGUCUCCCACUAAACUGGGCUCCCAGUAUUACCAGCAUUACACAGCAAACCCUCGACGGAGGCCCAUGCACAGCGACUCCAUGGAGGUCCAGACAAAGAAAGUUCGGAAAGUUCCUCCUGGAUUGCCGUCAUCAGUAUACGCCCCGUCUGCCAGCACUGCCGAUUAUAACCGAGACUCACCGGGUUACCCGUCCUCUAAAGCACCGGGCAGCAGCUUUCCCAGCUCCUUCUUUAUGCCAGAUGGUCAUCACAGUACAGACCCAUGGAGCUCGUCCGGCAGUAUGAACCAGCCAGGAUACAACAGCAUGCUGGGAAACUCCACACACAGCGCUCAGAGCAGCAGCUACUGCGGCCUUCACCCACACGAGAGACUCAGUUACCCGUCACACUCGUCGGCUGAGAUUAACCCCAGUCUUCCUCCCAUGUCCAGCUUCCAUCGGAGCGGCGGGUCGAAUCACUACAGCACGGCGUCUUGCUCCGCAACCACUAACGGGACAGAAAGUGUCAUGGCGAAUCGAUCGUCGAGCGGAGCAGGGACGAGUUCGCAGACGGGAGACGCGUUAGGAAAGGCCCUGGCUUCAGUGAGUCAACAGAUCUAUUCCCCCGACCACACCAAUAACAGCUUCUCAUCCAACCCGUCCACUCCUGUGGGAUCACCUCCGUCGCUCACAGCUGCCAGUACGGCCGUCUGGUCUAGAAACGGUCAAGGAUCUUCAUCUCCCAGUUACGAGCCACCACUGCACUCACUGCAAAGUCGUAUCGAGGACAGAUUGGAGCGCCUGGACGAUGCGAUCCACGUGUUGCGGAGUCACGCGGUCGGUCCGUCCACAGCGAUGCCCGGCGCUCACGCGGACAUGCACGCAUUGAUCCCUCCAUCACACUCGCACAACGGGGCCAUGAGCGGAUACAGCGCUGGACUGCUGCCGUCCAACAGACACUCGCUCAUGGUAAGAACCACUGGUCUUUGCUUAUUGGCUGCUGCUGAACCUACGUAG